UGUGACAACUGUCCAUGACUGAAGACUCGCGACUUGUAUCUUUCCCCUAUCCACGUUUCAGCAACCUGGGCCCCACCAGUCACGUCAACCCUGGUUCCUGCUUUCUCGUGUCACGGGUUUCCAUCAAGCCCUGUAGCGCAGAACGUGGUUAGGCAUGAUGCAUGCAUGAUGUGAGAACUUGGAGCAUCGGAAGGUCUCACAAUCUUUUGUCUCCAGAAGAAACAUUCAAACGACACGAACAAUAAAAACAACCAAUCCAAAACAAAAGCAAAGAUGUCGAACGCAAGCAGCUCAACCAGUCCUUUUUCCUUGACGGACCUCCUAGGUCCCAAAGCAGUGUCCGCCGAUGGCAAUGUCAUCGACAUUGGAUCCGAAUGGGCUGGCAAAAAAGCCACCAUUGCCCUCUACUUCAGCGCCCACUGGUGUCCUCCAUGCCGCGCUUUCACCCCCAAGCUCGCCAAGGCGCACCAGGAGUACAAGGACUCUGGAAAUAUCGAUGAGAGCUUUGAGCUUGUCUUUGUCUCUUCGGACAGUGAUGAAGAGGCAUUCAAGGAGUAUCACGGCGAAAUGACAUUUCCGGCCUUGAACUACCUAGAGACACAAAAGGUCAAGGAGGGACUCGAUGAGCGAUACAAAGUCCAAGGAAUCCCUGCCUUGGUGAUUAUUGAUGCCAAGACUGGUGAGCGCUUGGACAAUUUUGCUGAAGACGACGACGACAAUGAGGAGGAGGAAGAGAAGAAAUCGUCGGUGGAGAAGAAAUGGCUGAUGAGUCCUCGUGAAAUGGUUUCGGGUUAUGGCUCUCUCGCGUUUCCAUUGUCGGAGGCAUCCUCCAAGAGGUGCAAGGAUUCUGCUGAUGCCAAGCAGCAAAAGGCUUUGGCCGAGUUGCUGACUCUACCCAAUGCCAUCCUUCCUCCCAAGGAAGGCAGCAAGCCAGCAGCAGGAGACACAUUUUCGUUUGGCCAGCUUCUAUCCGAUUAUGACUAUGUGGGUCUUCUGUUGGGUUGCAAUGCUGGGCUGAGUGAUCUACCAAGCCAGGUCAAGACAUUGAACGAGGUCAAUGCUGGUGGAGCUGGCAACAAGUUGGCUGUGGUUUAUGUGCCGGAGUGUUUCUUGCCUCCAUGGGCAGACAAAGAUGACGAGGCUCCAGUCGAGAAUUCCCAUCAGUUGUUCCACUUUCAGGACAAGCCUUCCACUGACAUCAUUAGUUUGCUGGUUGGUAUGACUGGCAAGGAUCUUAUGUAUGACAGUCUUGUGGUUGUCCAGCAAACAAUGCUGAAGGUGGACGAAUGUGGGUUGGAUGGCGUCUGCACCUCGCGUUCUGUUCCCAAAGUGGAGAUGGUCUCUGUGGAUGAGUACAUGCAGAACUGUGGACAGCAUGGUGCCAAAUUCUUUCCUUGGACCACAGAGCUUGUUGACCAAGCCAAAGCUGCUGAAAAGGCCCGCGCUGAUGACGUGAAGAGCAAGAUGGAAGAGUCACUCGAAUCAUUCUUGCUAAAGCACGUCCAAAUUGGAGACAGCAAGGCUGAAGAGGCUGUUGUGACUAGGCUACGGGAACUGGAUGACACGGAUGGCGUCAUUGCUCUUCUUUUUUCACCAGACGAAUCUUUGGCCAGUGACUUGGCCACUUGCUUCGAGCAAUUGAACCAGCCCGGUCAAAAGACGAAGAUGGAGGUUGUCUUUGUUGCUCCCGAAUGGAAAACGGAAGAAUUGAACAAGGCAUACGCCAAAAUGAUCACCACCAACAGCAAAACACAAUUCAUGGCUAUUGAUUUGACCAAUGAUGAGCUCCGUCGUUCCGUUAGGAAUGCCAUGGAGCCAAAAUAUGGCCAUGCAGUCUUUCUCAUGAAGAAAGACGGGGCCCACAUCCAAGUGGAAGGAGGAGCCCAGAAUGCCAUUGAAGAGUCUAGCUAUUAUGGCUUCCCAUGGAACAAGGAAAGCAUUGCCACUGGAAAGGAGAAGAUGGCAGACAUGUUCAAGGAAAGGGAUGCCCAAUACGAGCAACUCCAGAAGGACAUGGGCCUUCCUGUUAUUCGAAGGUUGUUGGGCUCGCCUCGGGGAACGGAACAGAAACCAGCAGAGCGCACUGUCAAGAUCCCUGGAUGGAUGACCUUCGGAAUGCCCGAAACCCUAAUUUCAGUGGAUACACCCAGCAACUAUCCAAGUUGCACUGAAAAUGGUGUCUUUUACUAUGAGAUUGAGCUGUUGGAGCUUGGAGACUACGCCUGUUCCCAGAUUGGUUUUUCUGCUCCUGGUGGUUUGGAUGCGGCUGAUAUGAAGCGGAGCGACGGCUGUGGCGACACAAAGGAGACUUGGGGUGUGUGUGGCAUUCGUCAAGAGGUAUGGAAUGAUGGCGACAGAAAGUCCGUCGAUUUUGGUGCCAAGUUGAAGAAGGGUGAUGUGAUUGGGCUGGCUGUCAAUACCAAGCUCGGAAAGAUUGCGUUUUCCAUCAACGGAUCAGCAACAAUGAUUGUGUUCCAGGACGACAUUAUUUCGUCCAAGGGAGUGUUCCCCUGCAUUUCCAUCGGUGAGAGUGAGCUCCUCUUGUCCACUUCUAGCGACAAGUUCAAGCACAGCGGACCCUCAUCUGAGGACUGGUCAAAGGAAGUGGAGCAACCCGAGGCCUAACUUGGCUAGUCAAGUGACCGCACCCGUCGCAUCGGUGGCACUAUCUCGUAGAUUUGUAUCGCAGCGGACUCAUGAAAAGCAAAGUACACGUAGAUGCAAGUAAAGCACGAAAGUAGCAAAGACCAGUAAUGAUGUAAUCCGGCGUGGUUGACAUCUCUAGCUAGU